CAGACAUCCCAGGAAUUCGCGACAACUAGGAAUCAAUCCGCUCCGCACAACAAGGACCAUUUGAGGUAAAAUCGCGUCCAUGCGGCCGAGAAAGGUCGAAUGAACUUCGUUUGUUUGUUAAAACAAAAAAGAAUCAAAGAGACUGGCAGCUACGGACGCAGCAGCAUGCGAAUGUGAAGUCAGACACCUGAGACCCGUGCAACCCUGGACUAAGUGACAUCCUCUUUCUCCCCUUCAUCGUCACCAUACAUGCUCUUACAUGAAGAGAGGGGAGAAACCCGAAGGAUACAGACAAAUGAGGCCCAAAACGUUCCCUGUCACCAACUAUAGCGGCAACAGCCAACAAAUGCUGCAGGAAAUAAAAAACAGCCUGCGCAACUUGCCAAAACCCUCCGACCCACCGAAAGUGGACUUAGGAGCUUCAAAAAUUAUCCCUGAAGAUCCGAGACAGCAAGGACGCAGCAGUAACACUAAAUACCCCUACCACAAGGCCUUACAGGAAAUCAAAAGAUCUCUGCAGCCCUUCGCCAAUGAGCCCCACUCUUCAGGGCCUGAGGUGAACACACGUACAUCUCUGGAACCCCCCAGUGCAGGCUUUAAGGAGCCAAGCUCCAGUCGUGGCGUGGCAAAGGUGAACUACCAGAACUCUAUGAGAGACUCAAACACUACAGGACUGAAACCUCCAGGUCCUUCCCAUGUGUCACAGCCGGUGCUGAGGCGGCCAAGCUGGAAAGGCUCUAAAGAAUCAUUGGCUCCCCGACAUCCCAUGAUGGUAGAAGGAUUAAUUUACCGCCCUGACAGUCCUGGACCAACUUCUGCUUUUCCAUCGGUCCACCCUGCUAGCAACCAGAGAGUAAACCCUCCGGUGCCACCUCAGGUGCGCAGUGUCACUCCUCCUCCAAACCGUAACGGCAUGCCGGCUGCAUCGUCCUGGGACAGCAACCCGUCAACAAAACGUUACUCUGGCAACAUGGAUUAUGUUGUGUGGCCCGAUGUAUACCAAGCUGCAGCCCCUCAGAAUCAGCGUGGAAUCAGCCCAGGGCCUGUGGGACACCAGCCCAUUAUAAUGCCAAGCUCCGGGGGGAAUAAGUUUACUUUCCCUUCUAGCAGGCCACAGAAUGGCUCCUCUCAGCCAGACUACAUGUCAGUGGGCAGCAGACAGCCCCCUCCCCCAUAUCCCAUUAAUCAGAGCAGCCGACACAGUCCCACAGACCAGCAGAUGCAGGGGGGAGGACCUGCAUCCUCUCCCUCUUACCUGAAUGGUGGGAACAUCCCCCAGUCCCUGUUGGUUCCCAACAGGAACAGUCAUAACCUUGAAAUGUGCAACAUAGGUCCUCCUCAGCCUUGGUCUCAACCCCCGCUCUCUAAUCAGCCACAGUCUUCCUCCGGCAACAGCAGCAACCAAGAUCUGUCCCCGUCGUGGCAACACAACAUGCCGGUGCGCUCCAACUCCUUCAACAAUCACCAGGUAAAUGGAAGAGCGGCCCACGCAGCCAGUUCCCAGCCCUCUGCCACUACCGUCACUGCCAUCACCCAGGCUCCCAUCCUGCAGUCAGUCAAAAGCAUACGUGUCCAGAAACCUGAGUUACACACUGCUGUUGCACCUACACACCCUCCAUGGAUGCAGCAGGCUCCACCACCUGCACCUACCUACCCAGAACCCCCAGCUCCUGUCUCUCAGAUCCCAGAGGUACCCAGCUACCAAGGUCCCCCUCCACCUUACCCUAAGCACCUCCUCCAGCCGCCGACUGCACCGUGCCCCCCAGCGUACGAUUCAGCGGCCGUUAAGAUCAACUCCGACAGGGAGGAGUCUCCGCCAGAGGAAGAGAACAGCGGUGGCGACGCAGCGACAGAGAAGGAAAACAAGCAGAUCUCAACAUCUCCUCUUCUCGUGCGCCGUAACAAGGACGAGGAGCGGAGGGGGGAGUCCGGCAGAGUGAACCUUUACUCCCCUCAGGCUUUUAAGUUCUUCAUGGAGCAGCACGUGGAGAACAUCCUAAAGAACCAUCAGCAGCGGAUUCGGAGGAGGAGGCAGCUGGAAUGUGAAAUGCAAAGGGUGGGUCUGUCAUCAGAUGCUCAGGAGCAGAUGCGUAAAAUGCUGAAUCAGAAAGAAUCCAACUACAUUCGCCUAAAGAGGGCAAAGAUGGAUAAGUCCAUGUUCAAACGAAUCAAGACCCUCGGUAUCGGAGCCUUUGGUGAGGUGUGUUUGGCCAGAAAAGAGGACACAGGAGCUCUGUACGCCAUGAAAACGCUUCGCAAGAAAGAUGUGCUGCUGAGGAACCAGGUGGCCCACGUCAAGGCUGAGCGGGACAUCCUAGCUGAAGCCGACAACGAGUGGGUGGUGCGUCUCUACUACUCCUUCCAAGACAAGGACAACCUGUACUUUGUCAUGGAGUACAUCCCUGGCGGGGACAUGAUGAGCCUUCUCAUUCGACUGGGCAUCUUCAAAGAGGAGCUGGCUCGGUUUUACAUCGCAGAGCUCACCUGUGCUCUGGAGAGCGUGCACAAGAUGGGCUUCAUCCACCGGGAUAUCAAACCUGACAACAUCCUCAUAGACCGAGACGGACACAUAAAGCUCACUGACUUCGGCCUCUGCACAGGCUUCCGUUGGACACACGACUCCAAGUACUACCAGAGCGGCGACCACGUCCGUCAGGACAGCAUGGAUUUCAGUAAGGAAUGGGAGGACUCGGCCAACUGCCGCUGUACUGACCGUCUGAAGCCUCUGGAGAGGAGGAAGGCCAGGCAGCACCAGCGCUGCUUGGCCCACUCGCUGGUGGGGACACCCAACUACAUAGCACCAGAAGUACUGCUCAGAACAGGUUACACCCAGCUCUGCGAUUGGUGGAGCGUUGGCGUCAUCCUGUAUGAAAUGGUUGUUGGACAACCUCCAUUCUUAGCAACCACACCCCUGGAGACACAGCUGAAGGUGAUAAACUGGAAAAGCACGCUUCACAUUCAACCGGCAGCCAAGCUCAGUCCCGAGGCGUCAGACCUCAUAGUUAAACUGUGCCGAGGUCCUGAGGACCGUCUGGGUAAGAACGGUGCCGACGAAAUAAAAGCCCAUCCUUUCUUCAAAGCCACCGACUUCUCCAGCGACCUGAGGCAGCAGGUGGCGCCCUACAUCCCCACCAUCGCCCACUCCACAGACACCUCCAACUUUGACCCCGUGGACCCUGAUAAGCUGUGGAGCAAAGGCAGUGAUGACGAGGACAACCACAACGACACCCUCUCCAUCUGGUUCCGCAAGGGCACACACCCAGAACAUGCGUUCUACGAGUUCACCUUCCGCCGCUUCUUUGAUGACAACGGUCACCCAUACAGCUGCCCCAAGCCCAUCGAGUACGAGGGCUAUAACGAGGAUGAGGAUUCAGAGGGGCCGGGGCAGCAGGCUGUUGGCAGCUCAGCCACACAGGGCUGAGACCUGGUCUACGUGUACCACCAGUGGGCGCUCUGCUGCUUGUACAGUAUAGCAUGUAAAACAUGAAACAUAGGAAACACUGCAGCGCACAGGAUGAUGUUCACAGACCCUGAUUUUAAACAAGAACACUCACACUAAGAGUUAAUGGAUCAGUUUUAUCCUUUGCUCUAGAGUUAAUGGUAUGGAGGAGUUGGGUUCUGCUAAGUUACCAGACACAUAGUGUCACAGUUUCAGCAUAAAAAGAUAAGAGUGAUGUCAGUCUUCUAAUACCUUCAUGAAGAAAGGGAGCUGCCUGGUUUCCAGAAAUGUGUGAGGGGCAGCUGGACAUGUGCUGCAGAGGAACCAAACAUCAUCAGGGUGCUUGAAAACCAAGAGAACUCCUCUCAAAUGCCCAGAAAGCCUUAACUUAUUUAAAAAGAAACGGUAACAGGUGAUGCUAGAGUAGAUGCUGUUUGAGAGUGCAGAUUCUUUAUCGGUACAAAUUGUCCUAAUUUAUAUUUGAAUUUCUGUUGCAAUGGGGAAUUUUUGUGUUGUAGAAAUUUGCAGGGAUAAAUUGCUGUAAUGAUUCAUUACUGUGCCUUUUUGAUUUUUUUUAUUAUUUCACCAAAUAUAAAGAUGGCAAAUAAUCAGAAUAGCAGUAGUGUGAUUGAACUACAGUAGAUUUCUUUUAUUUUUCUAAUUUAUACCUAAAAUGUAUUUAUAAAUUAAGUUGUACACUGCUGUAAAUAUGUUUCUCUUCCCUGUCGGCUGUUUGUUUUCUCCUUAGGGCAGGCCCUCGUCGGUGUCCACUGCUGCUGCCUUGUAUCUUAUACACAGAAACACUAAUCCACAGGACUCUAGUAGAUUUAAUUGCUCGUUUGUCAACCAAAACACCAAACAGGUGGUUUGUGAAGUUUAGAAAACAUCACAAUAUCGUGAGAUCAUUUGGGUGAUAAUACACUACCAGAAAUAUAAGGAACCUGCUCCUGUCUACGUUUUACGUUAUGUACAAGGUCCUGGGGAAGCAGUCUGUCUACAGCUGAGGUGGUGUUGCCUCUACUGGAUGGAUGGACUGCUUCCCAAAACAAUAUGAUGGUUUUUGUAACUCGCUGUACUUUGUGUUUAGCAAGUGAUUCCUGAAUGUAGUUACUUUGGAUUUAAUGGUGACCACUGGCAUUCUGCACUGGUUUUGUGUUUUCAUUAUGAGAACAUAUUUUGUGGAUGUUGUUGUUGUGGGUCCAGGGAAGAGGGUGAUGAAUAAAGAAUGUUAAAGAAAA